UCGAGAUCACGAACAAUAGAUAUUGUUAUCUAUCUCGAUGCGGGGCACCACGGCCAUAUAUAUUAUUUGUAUGGCCGUGCGAGGCACAGACCUUAGAAUAUAGACCACGGAUACCUAUAUAUUUUAAACUAGAUAGCCGACCCAUUUGAAGCCUCUGAUAACAAAUUUAAACGAUAAUAAACAGUGCCGUAGCCAUAUAGAACAAUCUAUACAUUAUUAUUCCCACGAUGAACAUCCCGAGUGACGUAAAAUAAGGGAUCAAUAGAAAAGUUCUAUGGUUCUACUGAUACCUUUGUUAUCAACUUCUUUAAUUUAUUAUUUAAUGGCAUUGACUAAUUUGAAAUGUGAUUAUGACAUGUGGAAAAUGAAAAUAUGAACUAAAAUAUUUAAUUAUUUAACUGUUAUAGUAAUGCUAUAGUAAGUUGUACUUAUACACUACUUGCUGAAGCUGAAUAAAAUAGUUUUUUUUCGACUUUUAUAACACUUCAGUGAUUAAUAUUUAAUAGUCAUUAAUUGGUAAUCUUUAAAUAAUUAUAAUAUUAUAACUUAAAAAAAAUUCAGUUAAUAUACCAUAGUGUACUUGUUAAGUAUUUAUUUUGAUUAAAAGAAUGUACCGUUGACUAGUUUGACUUUUUUUUUUAUAACAAAAUGUCUUUAAAAAGUGUUCUAAAAAAAAAGUUUAAGAUAAAAAAUCCAAUUACAUCAAUGAAGAAAAAAAAUAAACCAAAGCAUACGCCGUCUGCAGAUACUUAUAGUAAAAUCGACGGAGAAAAUAAAAUAAAAGAAUGUUCCAUAACUGACAAAGAGCAAAAAAAAAACACAAUACCUGAAAAAUCAUUAAAUGGUGAAAAUGGCAAUGAAAAACAUAAUAAUGAUGGAUCAAUAGAAAUAACAACUGUCAACAAGAAAAAACGCAAAUCUACAGAUCAAGAUACUAGUCUUGAAUGUGUACCUAUAAAAAAAAAGGUAACUUUUGCAGCUGAUGUAAAAAGUGAAAAAGAUGAUCAGAAAAGCAGUGCUGGAAAAUUGAAACUAAUAAGCUUAAACAAACGGAAGAAGCUGAAUUAUAUAAAAAAAUUAAAAGCUAAAAAAAAUAAACAAAAAAAUGCAAAAAAGUGUGAAAAAAAUGCUACUGCUAUAAGUACACCUAGACAAGAACGAGCCGUGGAAUAUUUAAUGCAAUGGAAAAAUGAUCGAUCAAAUUGGAAGUUUAAAAAAAUUUAUCAACUUUGGUUGAUUAAAAACACUUAUGACCCCCUAAAAGUGUCUAAAGAACACUUUGAUGUUUUAGUAGAAUAUCUUCAAACUAUUGAAGGUAAGAGUCGCAGUAUAAUUCUUCAAAGUGCUAAUACAGUUGUCUCAGAAUUUUCUAAUUCUAAUGAUGGACAACAAGAAUUGAAUUCAUCACAAGAAGUUAAAUAUCAACGAGCCAGGACUAUUAUUCAAAUGUUUGAAUGAUACAUUUAAUCAAAUAUAUUUUUUUCCAAUUAAA